AUGCCAAUUUACGCCUUUCACCCGGUGAGUAAUAAUUUGCAAAGAAUUUACAAAGUACGUUGUAGGAGACUCCAUUCCUUUUGCGAGUUGGGCACCAGCGAACAGAAUAGGAGAGGAGAGGGCGAAAUCUGCCAAGUGGAUAAGAAAAUCCAGCUCACCAACGUUAAGCUAUCUGAUGCUUUAAACGACUACAUCAGUAGUGACGACUCGGAUGGGGAGGAAUCGCCCGAAGGGAAAGCAGAAGUGUGUCAUUCUGCUGAACGAUAUGAUGUGGGUGAACUUCACAUCCGAAUGGAAAAGGGAGAUGGUCAUAAGGAUUAUCCAGACAAUUGCACCGAGCCAAAUUCAAGCCUUCACAAUGGGGGGACCAAAUGGGCGUAUCCCGACGCAGGGGACAACCAUUUCGAUAACUUAGACGAAGCGGAGAAAAAACCCGUUAAGACUUUGAGCGAUGCCACCAGCAGUUGUGCGGUUAUGCGAGGGGGGAUUCCUCACCAAUUCGGAGCCACCCCGUGGAAGGGAAACCCGAGUGGUGAUAUGCAGCAUGCGGAGAUGAAGUCCUACUUAAAUUGGUACAUACAAAGGGAACGCGAAAGUGAAUGCGGUGCGACGAAUCACUCCCCUAAAGACUACCCCCCAAGUAAUACACCCCAAAGUGAUACCCCCACAAAUGCACUCGACGCAGAAUUGAGAAAACUGGAAGUCGCACUCAGGCCCUCCCAAAACGACGUUAACAACAUAAAAACGUUCCUCUCCUUCCUGCAAAAGGAAAUAAAUAAGCAUUACAGGAAUUGUCACGUAACGCCCUUUGGCUCUAUCAUCAACGGCUUCUGGACCCGAAACAGCGACAUAGAUAUAUGCAUUCAAAUCCCGAUACUGCUCAACAGGAAGGACCAAAUAACAUUCCUAAAAAAAAUUUGCCUCAUAUUGAACAAUUUUAAUGAUGGAAUAAUUGAGCAGAGAUUUUCUGCAAAAGUUCCAAUCAUUCAUUUUUAUUGUAAAAGUUUAAGACACUCAUUUGAGCUGUCCUGUGACAUUUCAGUAAAUAACAUCCUUGCCGUGGUUAACUCGAAGUUGAUUCAAAAAUAUGUAAGUAUAGAUAAAAGACUACAAUUAAUGGGAAUUGCAUUAAAGUAUUGGUCCAAAAAUAGAAAUAUAAAUGACAGAUCGAAAGGAUUUUUAUCGUCAUUUUCUUUAAUUUUAAUGAUAAUUCACUUUUUGCAAUAUGUGACGGAGCCCAAAAUUCUUACCUCCCUUCAAGACAUCUCUUUCAAAAGAAAUGAAAAACCGUUUUAUGUCAUGGGGCUUGAUUGUAAAUUUUGCCAGGACGAAAAUGUCAUUCGAGAGGAGCUGCGCAGAAUUAAUAACUACAACGAUGUGCAGGUAGACACGUCAACCUUGCUCAUUGAGUUCUUCAAAUUUUUUGGAUACAAAUACAAAAGUGGCAUAAUUGCCAUACGAGACAUAAACGAUUAUUACCAGAACUUCCAGGCAGUAAGAAGUUACGAGUCCUACUUCCUUUUCGUGGACAACCCCUUUGAAGUGGGCAAAAAUGUGGCCAACGUCUUACCACAAAACCACAAAACUAUUGUCAACGAAAUGAAGCGCGCCUAUAAAAUCUUAAAAAAUAACGGCUCCUGGAGGGACGUGUGCGGGGCGGACCACGUUUUGGUGUAG